AUGACUCAAAAUUAUCAACGUAAACAUGUUCAAAGUAGUCGAAGAAAAUCUACAACAUUUCCAAUAUUUGUUUAUGAAGAAGAACAAACUGAUACUAAUCGUCGUUUAAGUGUUUGUCCUAAUUUUCAACGUCGAUUAUCAACAAUAUCCCAAUUGUAUUUACCAAACGGAAAUGAAUAUCAUCUUCAAGAACGUAUUCCACCAACUGGCUUAGAAUAUCAACAAAAUAUUAUUUCAACAACAACAACAACAACAAAUGAAAAUGAAAAUGAAAAUGAAACUAUUGAAGGUGAACGACGAUUAUCAAUAAUAACAAAAUAUUCAUCAAAUAAUAAUCAAACCAAUGAUGUUGAUCAAUAUGAAAUAAAUAAUAAAAAGUUUUUAUUUAUUAUUGAACCAAUGAUAACUGGUUUAUUAUUAUUUCCAAUAUUAGUUUUAUUUUGGGAAACUGGAUGGAAUUUAAAUUUAAUUUUUUUAAAUGUUAUGAAUAAAUUUUCAUCCGAUUUACAUUUAGAUGAAUUUACACAAGAAGAUUUUGAAUCUUAUACAUGGCAAUCAUUAUUCUUUUCUUAUUUAGUUGUUGAAAUUCUACUUUUGGUAUUAUAUAUGCUUCAAGAUUUUAUUUAUAACAAUUUAAAAAAUAAAAAUUAUUUAAUAAAAAUGUUAAUAUUAAAAUUUCAUAUAUUUUUAUUAUCAACAAUUUAUAUAGUUCAAUGGGAAAUGUUAUGGACAAUAUGGGAUCAAUUUACUCCUCAUGAAUGGUAUUUUGAAUUUACAUUAUCAUUAACAUCAUUAUUUUCAUUAAUUGUUUUUAUUGGACAUUUAUCAGAUUUAGUUUGUUCACCUUUUCUUUUUAGUUAUGAUUCAAUUGAAUUUAAUAUUCAAUUCGGUUGUCCUUUACUUACAAGACAAAUGAAACAAUGGAAAAUAAAUUUAAUAAAUUUUAUUUUAUAUGAAAUAAUUAUAUCAAAUUUAUCAAUAAUAACAUGGCGUGGUUUCUAUCAUUUUCUUGACAAUUUCUUUUAUCCUGAUAAUUUAACACUGUCAGCUGGACUUUGUUUAUUAAUUGGUUAUUUACUUUAUUUUCCAUUAAUGUAUUUUCAAACAUAUUUAGAAGAAUUAAAUUUAAAAUAUGAUUUUUGGACAUUUAUAUCAAUAAAUUUUCCUCAAUUUUAUCGAAAUAUUCGUCAUUUAUUAGCAUUUUUGUCAUGUGUAUUUGUUUGGCGUGGUUAUUGGCUUCUCUAUGAUGAAUAUUUAUAUAUAUUUGAAGAUUAUUAUAAAACAUAUUUAUUAUUUUAUUUAAUAUCAUUUUUAUUUCUAAGCUUAAUUCAAACAUCAUCAUCAAUCAAUGGUCCAUUAAGCAAUAUUGAUGAUAAAAAUCAAUUUUUUCCACUUUAUCCACAUUGUUAUGUUUCAAUAGUUCAAAGAAAAAUUUCUCAAUGUAAAAUUUUUAAACAAAAAAAUCAAGAAGAAAUUACAAAAAUUUAA